UCUAUAAAGAGUAAUUAAGUGGUAGUUGCAUUUUUAUUAACUUGAGCUGCCUCUUUCACUCUCUGCAACCUCAACUGUUCACCAUCUCCACUUCUUUUCUUCAAAACACUAACUACUCACAAAUACCUAACUCCUCCUACACGGCAAGACACGCAAAAUGUCCUCCGCCGCUCGAAUCACUAUAGCCACUAUAUUGCUAAUGACGCUUUACGGAAUGUCGACAGUGUCGGCGCAAGAACCGGCGCCGGAGGCUCCAUUUGCGAUGGGGCCGCCGGCGGUGUCACCGUCGCCGGACUGCUUCUCGACCCUAAUGAACUUGUCGGAUUGCUUGACGUAUGUGGAGAACGGGAGCAACUUGAUGGUGCCGGACAAGCCGUGCUGCCCUGAACUGGCGGGGCUGGUGGAUAGCAACCCGAUCUGCCUGUGUACACUGCUCGGAAAAUCCAAAACUUUUGGGGUGAAGAUUGAUGUGAAUAGGGCUCUCAAGCUUCCUUCAAUUUGUAAAGUUGAGACUCCUCCUCCUAGCUUGUGUGCAGGUGGUCCAACAGCAAGUGAGGCACCAGAGGCAAUGCCGCGGGGAGGAUUUGCUGAAAAUACUUCAACCGGGAGCAAUGAUAAUGUGGCUGCUUCAAGCAUUGCCAUAUCUGUUCAAGCAACUUUUAUUGGAUUGGCAAUUGCAUUUCUUCCGGCAUUGUCUUGAAUUUGAUACUCUGAUAUUCUGUGAUUCAUGAUCUUAUACUUCUUUCGAAUUAUCGGUUCAUGGAUACGAGUGUUGUAACCUGCAAAUUCUAUACUCAAUAACAGUUCAUUUAUAAUUUAUAUUCAAUUCCU